CAGCAACGAGGCGUCAUCAUCUGCAUCUACCCGGGAAGGAGGGAUCAGCAGCCACAGCAGCAGCAGCCUGGGCUCCAAUGUGAAGCCACGGGGAGAGCACAACAACAGCAGCCACAUCCGUCCACAAAGGGGGGGAAGGGGAUAGAUUUGGGGGGUCGCUGACUUGCUGCCCCGGCCCCCUGGUUGGUGCGGUGUGUGUGUUGCUGGGAGCCAUGAAUUCGGCAGAGCAGACCGUGACAUGGCUCAUUACACUGGGGGUGCUGGAGUCUCCCAAGAAAACCAUAUCGGACCCGGAGGGCUUCCUGCAGGCGUCCCUGAAGGACGGGGUGGUGCUGUGCAAGCUGCUGGAGAGGCUGCUCCCCGGCUCCAUAGACAAGGUGUACCCUGAGCCCCGGAGUGAGGGCGAGUGCCUGGGAAACAUCAGGGAGUUUCUAAGAGGUUGUAGCGCUUUCAGCUUAGAGACCUUUGAAGCCAAUGACCUCUAUCAAGGGCAAAACUUUAACAAGGUGCUAAACUCGCUUGUUCUUCUAAAUAAAGUUACGGCAGACAUCGGAUUGGGAAGUGAUUCUGUGUGUGUGCGUCCUUCGUCUCACCGGAUAAAGUCGUUUGAUUCCCUCGGGUCUCAGUCAAUACUAAGUCGUUCUUCAAAAUUGUUACAGGGUCAAUAUCGAAGCCUGGACAUGACUGAUAACAGCAACCAUCACAUAGUGGUGAGGGCCAAGUUUAAUUUUCAGCAAACAAAUGAAGAUGAGCUGUCCUUUUCCAAAGGUGAUAUAAUCCACGUCACGCGACUGGAAGAGGGUGGAUGGUGGGAGGGCUCACACAGCGGCAAAACAGGAUGGUUCCCUAGCAAUUACGUUAAAGAAAUAAAGUCAUCUGAAAAGCCAGUGUCUCCAAAGUCAACCACACUGAAGAGCCCCCCAAAAGGGUUUGACACAUCUGGAAUCAACAAAAGUUAUUACAAUGUGGUCCUGCAAAAUAUAUUGGAAACUGAAAAUGAGUAUGCCAAGGAAAUCCAGAAUAUGCUGACCAAUUACCUCCGGCAUUUACAAACUAGUGAAAAACUGAGUCCCACAAACACCUCCUAUUUAAUUGGGAACCUUGAAGAGAUAUAUUCAUUCCAACAGAUAUUGGUUCAAUCACUAGAAGAAUGCACUAAAUUACCUGAAGGUCAGCAAAGAGUUGGAGGGUGUUUCAUGAGUCUGAUGCCUCAAAUGAAGAGUUUGUACCUAGCAUAUUGUGCCAACCAUCCAUCAGCAGUCAAUGUACUCACGCAACACAGUGAGGAACUUGGCGAGUUCAUGGAGAUGAAAGGUGCAAGCAGCCCUGGUAUUCUCGUGUUGACAACAGGUCUGAGUAAGCCAUUUAUGCGCCUGGACAAAUACCCAACACUUCUAAAAGAGUUAGAAAGGCACAUGGAGGAUUAUCAUCCAGAUAGAUCAGAUAUCCAGAAAUCCAUGACGGCUUUUAAAAACCUUUCGGCACAAUGUCAAGAAGUGAGAAAAAGAAAGGAGUUGGAGCUGCAGAUUCUGAAUGAAGCCAUUCGUGGGUGGGAGGGGGAAGACAUCAAGACAUUAGGCACAGUUUUAUACAUGUCCCAAGUUUUGAUACAGUGUGCCGGGAGUGAGGAGAAGAAUGAACGGUACCUUUUACUCUUUCCUAAUGUAUUAUUAAUGCUUUCAGCCAGUCCAAGAAUGAGUGGUUUUAUUUAUCAGGGAAAACUUCCACUAACAGGAAUGAGUAUCACAAAACUUGAAGAUAAUGAAAACCAGAAAAAUGCUUAUGAAAUAUCUGGUAAUAUGAUUGAGAGGAUAAUUGUAUCGUGUAAUAACCAGCAAGAUCUUCAGGAUUGGGUGGAUCACCUGCAUAGGCAAACAAAGUUCACAUCUUUAACAAACCCUACAAUCAAGCCUCACUCUGUGCCCUGCCACACCCUUCCUUCUCAUCCUGUUACUCCAUCAAGUAAGCAUUCGGACUGCAAGCCAAUGCCACACACACCAGCGUACCACACACUUCCUCAUCUGUCACACCAUGGAACCCCACACAGCACCAUCAGUUGGAGUCCACUGGAACCACCCAAAACCUCUAAACCUUGGAGCCUGAGUUGCUUACGACCUGCCCCCCCUCUUCGACCCUCUGCAGCAUUAUGCUACAAGGAGGAUCUCAGCAAAAGCCCCAAAACCAUGAAAAAACUACUUCCAAAACGCAAGCCCGAAAGAAAACCAUCUGAUGAGGAGUUUGCUCUGAGGAAAAGUACAGCUGCACUAGAGGAAGAUGCACAGAUUCUAAAGGUCAUUGAGGCCUACUGUACCAGUGCCAAAACACGCCAAACCUUAAAUUCAACAUGGCAAGGCACUGACCUGAUGCAUAAUCACGUCUUGGCUGAUGAUGACCAAUCAAGUCUAGACUCCUUGGGUCGUCGCAGUAGCCUUUCUCGUAUGGAGCCUUCAGACCUCUCCGAAGACUCUGACUAUGACAGUGUAUGGACAGCCCAUAGUUACAGAAUGGGGUCUACUUCUCGUUCCCGCAAAGAGUCUGCUCCCCAGGUAUUACUUCCUGAAGAGGAGAAAAUUAUCGUAGAAGAAACAAGAAGUAAUGGUCAGACUGUUAUAGAAGAAAAGAGCCUGGUGGAUACAGUAUAUGCAUUAAAAGAUGAAGUUCAAGAACUUAAGCAGGACAGCAAAAAGAUGAAGAAAUCUUUAGAGGACGAACAGAGAGCUCGUAAGGAACUUGAAAAACUAAUCAGAAAAGUCCUAAAGAACAUGAAUGACCCAUCUUGGGAUGAAACCAAUUUAUAAUUGUGCACUCCGUGUCUUCCUAUUUUCAAGCCAGGAAACACAAUGCUUGAAACUGUUGUGACAUGUAGGUCCAUGACGAUAUCAGGAACACUGCAGAAUAUGACUUAACUGGAUCUCAGACGAACCCACACUUCUACUGUAUUGAUGUCAUUUUAAGGUGACUGCCGACCGACAGAUCUUUCAAAAGCUGCAAGUGUAAAGCUCAAAGAUUUUGAACAAUACCAAAUCUAUAACACUUUCCACUUUACACAUAAAUUACCUCAUUUUGCAGACAGUGCAGUUACAAACUGAAAAUCUGUAAUCCCUUCCCCCAAUGAUUUAAAAGAGCUAAAGAUAUAAUAAUUUUUUUUUUUUUUAAAUAUAUUGUAUAUAGUGUUUUGAAUGCAUAUUGUACGUGUAAGGCACUUGGGGGCAAAAUCAUCUUUAUACAUUUUAUUUACACAACGGUCACAUGUACAUAUUUUUACAGCCGCUUGCUUAAAAUAAAUGACUAGUAGCAGAACAAAAACUGACAUCUCAAAUGCUCUAAGAUGAUAAAGAAAACCGUUUGUUACAUCAUGUAUUAAAGUAAUUUAAUUGCCUUAUUUAUGGAUGUAAAGGGUGUUUAAAUAUAGAAGAAAAAAAAAACAUGGGAAGCUAGAAACAUUUUGAUGAAAAACUGCUCACUAAUAACUUGUGACCUGUGUUUAUACAUAUAUAUAUAUUUAUAUUUAUUGUUUUCCCCUAACACUAACCUGAAUAAUUUUGUUGGGCAACUAAAGAUGUAUAUAUCUACUUGCAGGGUUUUUCUAUGCCAGUUUUCACUGUUACCAAUUAACUUUGUACGCAAAAACUCUUUACUGUUUUCUGAUUUAAUUAAAUUAUGUGCAUUUGUUACUUGACUGUUUGUCACUGCAACCAAUUAAAUAUUGGCUAUGGUGUA